AUGGAGGCGAUUUGGCGGCCAUUUGGUAGAUCUUCAUCCAUACUUCUCUUCUUUGUAGUUCUCACCAUUGGGGCGUUCAUUUCCACGCGCUUGCUUGGCUCUUCUUUGAUCAGUGGAGCAGAACCACGAAAAUCAACACUGACAACCAUAUCUUUACACAACUACACUUUAGAAACUCCGAAAAUUCCCCGGAUUCCUCGAAAGUACAUUACUUAUUCACUGAACUGUUCACUCGGUAACCUCACACGGACCUGCCCCGCCAAUUACUACCCAUCAAAGUUUUCCUUCGAAAAUAAAGACCUUUCAACGACACCACCAUCAACAUGUCCAGAGUACUUCCGUUGGAUCUAUGAUGAUUUAUGGCCAUGGAGGGAGACAGGUAUCACUAGAGAAAUGGUGAGGAGUGCUAAACGGACAGCAAAUUUCCGAUUAGUGAUAGUGAAUGGAACAGCUUAUGUUGAAACGUAUAGAAAAUCAUUUCAAAGUAGAGAUACCUUUACACUUUGGGGGAUCUUACAGUUGUUACGAAGGUAUCCCGGUAAAGUGCCGGAUUUGGACCUAAUGUUUGAUUGUGUCGACUGGCCAGUCAUUAAGAAAGAAACUUUCAGCAUGCCCAAAUUCCCCGCGCCCCCACCGCUGUUUCGAUAUUGCAGCAAUGAUUCUUCAUUUGACAUUGUUUUUCCGGACUGGUCGUUCUGGGGAUGGCCCGAGAUUAAUAUAAAACCAUGGGACACAUUGUCCAAAGAACUUAAAGAAGGUACCGAGAGAACUAGAUGGAUUGACAGGGAACCACAUGCUUACUGGAAAGGGAAUCCCAUUGUUGCUCCCACGAGGAUGGAUUUGCUCAAGUGUAACGUUACGGAUAAAUACGACUGGGGUGCUCGUGUAUACGCUCAGGACUGGAUACGAGAACAACAACAAGGUUACAAGCAAUCAGACUUGGCAAGCCAAUGCAUUCAUAGAUUCAAAAUUUAUAUUGAAGGAUCUGCAUGGUCCGUGAGCGAGAAAUACAUUCUGUCAUGUGAUUCUGUUCCGUUGCUUGUGACGCCUCAUUACUACGAUUUCUUCACGAGAAGUUUGAUACCGUUGCAACAUUACUGGCCGAUAAAAGAGGACGACAAGUGUAAAUCGAUUAAAUAUGCAGUCGACUGGGGAAAUAGCCAUGCAAAAGAGGCUCAGGCCAUUGGCAAGGCAGCAAGCAGUUUCAUUCUAGAAGAUCUGAAGAUGGAUUAUGUGUACGAUUACAUGCUCCAUCUCUUGACUGAGUAUUCCAAGCUCUUAAAAUACAAGCCUAGGGUGCCUCGAAGAGCAGUUGAACUCUGUUCAGAGUCGAUGGCUUGCCCCGCACAAGGAGUUGAGAAGAAAUUCAUGACCGACUCCCUGGUUGAAGGUAACUCUUAUUCGAGCCCGUGCACCAUGCCUCCACCCUAUGAUCCUGCAUCUCUUCAUUCCGUUCUUGAGAGAAGAGAUAAUUCUGUAAAGCAAGUAGAGACAUGGGAGAAACGAUACUGGGAUAGUCAAAAUAAGCAAAUAUAG